AGUCCGGACACACGCCCUCGCUGACGCUACCUCACUCCAACUCCAAGGUCUUCGCUUCCAUUUAUCGCAGCAGCUAUCGCUCCCACCUCCUGGCCUCCUCCACGGCUCUCUAGUCUCUACGCCACCGCUCUCGCUGGCUCACCGAGAACCGCACGUCCGCGCCUUCCCUCCCCCCUCCGGUCUGGCCGCGGCGCGCGUGGACACGCACGUACGGGCGCCAUGGUGGUCUCCUACACGCAGGAGCACGUGUACCGCCACCCCUGGCACCGCGUCACUGCGGCGGCGUGGCGCAAGUUCACGGACCCGGCCGCGCGCGCCGCCUCCGGGGCGCUCGCCCACAUCCUCGACGUCCACACGCUGUCCCGCGACGUGGACCGCCGCUCCGGCCGCCUCCGCGCCGUGCGCGCCAUCGCGGGCCGGACCCCGCCGCUCCCGCUCCUCCUCCGCGGCCUCCUCGCGCCGGCGCCGUCCGCCGGAGCCGGCGGCGACGUGGUGGUGCUCUGCGUCGAGCGCACGGACGUCGACGCGCCCGCGCGGGACAUGCGGGUGGCGUCCCGCAACGCCACGCUCCGGGGCCUCGUGGACGUCGAGGAGCGCUGCAGCUACGCGCCCCACCCGGAGCGGCCCGACGAGUGGACGCUGUUCCGGCAGGAGACGACCAUCCGCUGCGCGCCGCUGGCCGCCGUGGCGGCCCGGGUGGCCGAGCUCGUGGAGCGGCGCUGCGCGGAGAGGUUCACGAGGAACGCGGACAGGGGGAGGGAGGUCGUGGAGAGGAUAUGCGCGGACCUUGCGGCGGAGCAGGACGCGACUCACGAGCCAAGGUGAAAGGGCAGCAAUGGGCAGGGAUCUAGGGCGGUUGUUGCCAUCGCGUGCAGGCUUCGUGAUAUGUACAGUACCGUAAAGAAAUGGAAAUGGCCAAAUUCGCUGUUCGAAAUAUUUGUGUCAGGAACCAGCAAGGUUGGGGACGGGAAUUUGGGGGGGAAUCAGCAAGGAAUUUUAGGUACUUGAGAACCAGCUUGACUCCAAGAUAGUGCUUGCAGGUACCGCCAUACAGGCUGGGAAGAUCAUGUUCAUCUUCCUAUAAAGUCGUAGUCAUACCAGAAGAGCUUUUGCUGCAAUAGAACCGCCUUAUAUACACCUGAGGUGUAUAGGUCGAUUGAAUCAACCCAAUCAAAAUAUAUCCAACACAAUUACUUUCUGCUUC